UGUGGUGAUUUUUUUUAUAGUCGCCCCGCCCGCGAGAAUGGCCGCCACUAGAGGUGCCGCCGUGAGUAACAUCAACGCGUUGAGAAGCGCCGCCGCGAGGUAUGUCGACUUCUUCUCCCUCGCUGCUAGGAGGGAUCGUAUGGCGAGACUCGCCGCUCCAACGCGAGUUGCGAUUUUGAACGUCGAUCAACCGCGAAAAGUCGCAACUUUCAGGAGACGCGAGAUCGAAGAAGGAGAAGAAGAUGGUAGACUCGUGCGAUCUCGCGAUUUGAAUGGCUAUUUUGAAUACCAUGCUUGUAAUAGAAACUGCAAUUCAAACUAUGCUGCAGUUGGUGAUCAGAAGUUGGAUUCUUCAGUUAGCAAGCCAGUGUUCAGACCAUAUGACAUUUGCUUUCAUGGAAGAAGAAAUCGUGCUUUAAUAGAACCUACUUUGCCUGGAGAAAACAAUGAAAGUAAAACUGAGAAGCAUGAGGAACGGACAAAAGGGUCGUUGUUGAGACCUGGGAUGGUUCUCUUGAAAAAUUUUAUAAGCCAUGAUGAACAGGUGGACAUAGUGAAAGUUUGUCGUGAACUUGGUCUUGGUCUUGGAGGAUUCUAUCAACCAGGAUAUUCAAAUGGAGCGAAACUUCAAUUGAAGAUGAUGUGUCUUGGUAUGGAUUGGAAUCCUCGGACCUAUAAAUAUGGAAAUAAACGAAUAUUUGAUGGCAGCACCCCACCUAGUAUUCCCAAUCACUUCAGUAAACUAGUUAGAAGAGCAAUCCAAGAAGCUCAGUCUCUGACGAAAAAGGAAUAUAGAGCUUCUAAAUUGGAGGACAUUCUUCCUUCUAUGACUCCUGAUAUUUGCAUUGUCAAUUUUUAUACAAAAAAUGGAAAGCUUGGUCUUCAUCAAGAUCGUGAUGAAAGCAGAGAAAGUCUUCGAAAAGAGUUGCCUGUUGUGUCUUUCUCUAUUGGUGAUUCAGCAUAUUUUCUGUAUGGAGAUGAGAGGAAUGUACACAAGGCAGAGGGGGUAAUACUAGAAUCUGGAGAUGUGUUAAUAUUUGGUGGUGAGUCUCGACGUGUUUUUCAUGGUGUGCGGUCAGUUCUACCAAAUUCAGCUCCAAAAGAAUUGCUGAGAGAUUCUGGGCUUUCCCCUGGUCGACUCAAUCUUACAUUCAGACAGUAUUAAUUUUGAAGCUGUGACUACCUAAGAGGAGUGCAGAGUAUAUUUUCAUCUGUCUGUAUGCAAACUCCUUCCCCAGGCAAAUUCUUGGACCCGCCUG